AUGGUUUCUGGUGCGGUUGCUCCAAUCACAUCCAACCCUCUUGUUAGAGUCAGAUAUUUGAUUCGAGGAGUUGCUUCUGAAGAAACCCAAGAACAAUCACUUGACGUGCUUUGCAAGUGCUCUCUCUUUCAUGAUAGUUACUCUUUUCAAGUUCUGAACUCUAAGAAAUGGCUGCUCAUUUGUAAUCUUUUCUUCUCUCUACAGAAUGGACUGGCUUAUGACAAUUUGGCAGUGCUGUUAUGGAAUUCUUUUGGUACUAUGAGUGUCCUUUUGAAGAUAAUAACUUCAGCUUACCGUCCACUGUUAUCCGACGGCCUUACUGAAAGAGCUGUAACACAAGUCUGCAAUGCUAUAGCCCUUUUCCAGUGUGUAGCUUCUCACCCUGAUACAAGGAUUCCAUUUAUCAGAGCUACAAUGCCAGUGUAUCUUUAUCCCUUCUUGAACACCAUGAGCAAUGAAAGGAGCUACGAAUGUCUAAGGAUUACCAGCUUAGGUGUGAUCGGGUCCCUAGCAAAGGUAGCUUCACCUACCACCUUCUGUUCUUUUUUCUCUUGUCAACUUCUCGCAGAAUACAUACAUACAUACAUAGAGGUCAUGAUGGAGUUGAAUUAAAUGUUU